GGCGUCCGCCACCCCGGCCUGCGCGUCACCCUCGACCAGACUUUCGCCUCGAUGCACGCCGUCUCUGCGCACGUCGGCAAGGGACUCUACGAGCAGGUCGUUCUCUCCAAGGCGCCGCGCUGGUCGCGCUCCUUCCUGCGCGCCAUCGCCCCGUGCGCCGUCUGGCUCGCUGCGUGGCUGGUUGUCGCGCUGGCAUUCCGCCCGCCCUCCGCCGCCGAGCGGCACGCGCCGCACUGCGCCGUGCUGGACAGGCUCGACAACGUCGGCAAGGCGGGGCGGAUGCGAGGCGACCUCUUCGUCUUCUUUGCCGAGCACGACGAGAUGAUGCCGCACCAUUUCGCCGAGCGAUUGCUCGCCGCCCGCUACGGCCGGAGCCAGCCCGAGUUGCUCCAGGCGCGCUCGCUCUGCGUGCCGGGCGGGCACUGCUCCUUUUUCGGAGAUGUGCCCGAGCUGCGCGCGCGCUACAAGGCCUACCUCAACCAGAGCGGCUUCCUGCCCUGACGCGCCGCUGCGGCCCCUCCGCACGCCCCCCCCCGGGCUCCUUGGCGCGCCGCCCUUGCGACGCAGUGUGAGAGACGGUCAGUUGAAUGUGAGCGGCAGCAUUGGCGGCGCCGGUCCUCCUAGCUCCUUUUCUCCCAGUAGACCGUCAGGGGUAAUCGUUCCGUUCAUCCGCACUGUUUGCUGGCCCCAGUGAUAUGUAUUUAAGUAAAAAA